GCCUUCCAUUCCAGAGGCUCGUUUUGAUCUGCUACUGUUAGACUCACAUGAACUUUAGUAUCGCAGAGAAUGCCCAAGGCUCCAUAUAGCAACCAGAAGGGAAACGGCCUCGCCGCUCUCGGGGUAUCCAGGCCCGGCGGAAGUCAGCUCUACGAACUCGAAAGACCGAACCAUCUGUGCUAUCAGAAUUGCAUCUUCAACCACUGCCACGAGCCCCAAGCCCCCCCCCCCCCCAGAUGGAAAUCGGACACGCCGCAGUUGGGAGGGAACUUCAUCGGCCGUUCAGGAUUAGAGCCAUGCGGAACUGGUAGCAUGAACGACCAAGUCGGCUAUGAAAUCGAAUACCCCUCGGCAUACAUCCUCGAAACACAAGCACCACUUUAAGCAACUAGGAAUGAGAAAUUCGGCAGUUUCCUUCAUAUUUGGACCCCCCCUCAGCCUUCAAACAAUCCAGACAAAUGAAAGUCCCCUGUUGCUGCUUUAUAAACCUAACUUCCUCUUGCAGCUUGCUGGAUAAGUUAUAAGUGGAUUCAACGUCGCA